AUGGGAAAAACAUUAAAUAGGCCCAUAUACUUAUUUUUUAAGCUUUUUGCUUUUGCUUUGCUUAUAUGGACAUUGCAAUAUUCUAAUAAAUCUUUUAACAGCACAUCUUUUACCAAGAAACAGUUACAAAAUGGAAAUGCACUAAGUUGUAGAUUCAACAGAUUGUUGAGCAAAGAACCUGUUAUAACGGCUAAAGAAGAGCCAAAAAAAAACAGAUUAAGAGAAAGAGUUUUAAAAAUAUUAAAAGAAGAUGAUAGUAAUCUUGGUAGAAUGUUAAAUAAUCUAGUACAUGAUGUCAAUUUUCAGAAACAAUUUAAUGCAUUAUUACUUGAUAAAAGUUUCGAAAGACAGUUUAAUGAACUAGUUAGUGAUUCACAUUUAGAGGAAAAAUCAUUAAAUUCUAUGAACUCUUUAAAUUCAUUAAAUUCAUAUAAUUCGCUAAACUCAUUGGAAGUAAAUGAUGAAUCGGAUUUAAAAAAUAAAAAUGUAACUGCCAAUCCUGAACAACUCAAUUCAAACACAAAUGAUAACAAUGACCUAGAUACAAAUAUCAACCCACAAAAUUUUGAUGAAAAUUUGGAGAAAAAAUAUCACCCAACCAUACCUCCAGAAAAUGCACAAAAGCCAAGUGGAGAAACGUCUCCUUCUAAUAUAGUUGAACAACUACUUGAUGAAAUAAAAAAGGCAGAUAACCUUGAUAGAAUGCUUGAUAUAUUAAAAUUUUAUGGAAGUUUGAAAGAAUUCGACAAUUCACAAUUACUCAAACAACAACAACAACAACAACAACAACAACAACAACCAAUUCCUGUGCAACCAGAAAUUAAAGAACAAUUACAAUCCGAAUUAGAGGCACAAAUAAAAGCACAAUUACAAGCACAAAUAAAAGAACAAGGAUCUAGUAGGAAAAAGAAAUCAAAAGGAAAAUCGAUAAUUUUAACUUUAUGCAAAAAAAUAAUAAAAUUAGAUAAAAAAUAUGAAGAUCAUUUAAUUAAUCUCUUUACAACGAAUUAUAGUUUUCUUAUUAAGCAUGGGAAAAUUACCAAAUUCAGAUACUACCUUGAUAUAUUGAUUGCUGUUUCUCCUGUUAUUGUAAGUGGUCUAAUUCUGUUAGUUUUCAUAAACAAUUUUAAUUUAGGAUAUUUCCUUACAACCUUAGCACUAGCUUCUUUUUCAUUUCUUUAUUUUCUUUUCAAAAUGUGGAAUUGCAAGCGUAUAUGCAAAGGACCAGGGAAAUUUAAGGUUCGCCAAAAAUAUAAGGAAGUGGUUGAAGUUUUGAAAAAGUAG